CGAGCGAUUCUUGGUUUGUUUUGCAUUAGCGAAGUAUAUUAUCACCGUAAUAGAAGUCUAAAGUUUGAACAUGACUUUGUUUCUUGGACACAGUGUCUCCACGGGGUAUGGCACAAUGGCUAUUUCGUCCCUCUCUAAGGUCAACUGCACUGCAAUCUUUAGCGCGGACGAGAGGCUUACCAGAUGCAGGGGCCAGCUUGCCUUUUGUGCGCUCUGUCUUCCUUGAUGAAGCCACGAGUCAACCUUUUACUAAAGGUGUGAACCGUGAUUGGAUGCUACAGGAAGACUUGGAGGACGGGCGGUACGAGCACAACCCAUGUUCACCGGAUGCUGACAUGCAGAUGCCCAGCUAGGUAGGGGUGACUUUGAAUGAAGUAUAUGCUGUUUUGAGAAAGUGAGAUCAAAACAAAGA